AUGGCAGCUCGAAAGGAGGACUAUGACUCGUGUGUUUUACAGGGGGUUAUGCCUAUGACCACCAGGCUGGCACUAACUUCAGCGGCCCUUCAGGACCACAUCACCAAAAAGCUGCUAUUGCCAAGUCUUUCAUUGUCUGGAUCUGGCCCUCUAUGGAAAAGUAGAAGAAAAUCAUCCACAAAGAUAAAGAAUGGUCUAAGUGUCAAAGAAGAGGAUUUGGGCAAAGAGAGAGAAUAUGAACUUGAUAAUACUCAAACUCCACUGACAUUAGCUGAGAGAAUGGGUUUAGUAGCUGGCCCAGUUGAAAGGCUGACUGAGGAGCAGUGGUCACUCAUCAAAGUUCGAUCUGUCCAACAGCGAGAAUCAAUCUACCCAUGUGCGAUAUGUAAGGAAGAGUUUCACCUCAAGCCUCAGGUUUUGCUGUCUUGCUCACACGUCUUCCACAGAGCUUGUGUUCAGGCUUUUGAAAAGUUUUCAAGACAAAAGUCUUGCCCAGUUUGCAGGAGACAGCAGUAUAAGACUCGGGUGAUCCAUGAUGCAGCAAAUCUUUUUCGACACCAAUGUGCCACCAGAAUUCAAGCAUGGUGGAGAGGAUAUACUAUUCGUAAAUGGUACACAAAUGCAAUGAAAACCAGAUGUCCAAAAGAGAAGCUACUCCGACAGAGAUUUUUUGAGGAAAAGUUGCAGGAGUUGAAUGACAGCUUUGUCCAAUACUGUCACACGGACACAGAAGCUUUUUUGAGUGAUAUUGACCACUCCCUGUCAUCAAGCAGACAAGUAUUUGACGAGCUGGAGAGAAGACACAUGUCUAUGCCCAAGGAGCACCACUGGGACAGAAUACAAAGCCAGGUCAUCCAGAGAGGAGUGUGGGACUGCCCCAUCUGUUUAACUGCACUGCACACUCCCAGCCUGACAGAAAGAGACGAGGCCAGGUACGCUCAGCACAGACGCUGUGUGCUGCUGUCCUGUUCUCACGUUUUUCACCACAAUUGCCUCCAGUCCUUUGAGACCUUAACAACAGACAGCCAACUGUCCUGUCCACUGUGCAGGUCUGUCUACCACAAAAAGCUGCUCUAAUUUUAAGUAUAAUUAUGUAAUAUUAACAUGUUUCUACACUCAUACAGUAUGUAGUCAACAUUACUGACUA